AUGUCGGUCUCUCCCCCUGUAUUGAAUGUCCAUACGCCCACAUCUUCUUUCGCGCUUAUCCAUUCUUUCAAAGAUGACACCAUACAGCAAUUGUAUGAUAAACUUUCCAGAAAGUCCAGCACGGGCUUCCAUGGAAAGCGCGUCGGUCCUGGUUGGAUCAAGUACAACUGGAAUGACGCAGUGUGGAAUAUGGAUGACGGUAUUAUUCCCUUCGCAUCUGCUUACAGCGACUAUACCAUCUUUGUGUGGAGGCUGAAAGCGCCCUCCACAUCCGAACAGCCCGCGACCGAUAUAACACCAACGCUUCACGUCCACGAUCCUGCAGCCCAACUCCCAGAACCACCCGCAUAUUGCAACCCAUCCUUUUACCUAUUCAGCUCUGCGCGUGUAACUUCCCCGCGUCCUCGGUCAGCGCGGAGUGGCAAGUCCAGGGCCAUUCGCCCUAAUCCACCAGAUGAUGAAGAGCUCUCAGGGGCGGCAAAGCUCAGAAAAGAUUUUGAGAGAUUCCAUAGCGAAAACGGUGUACGUACUGUUUUGGGCACCAUCGGUCCAGUCGACAAUGUUCGCAUGCUCUUAAAGAACGGUUACCGCCAUGUGUACAUCUCACGCAAGUUUGCGUUGAAGCAUGGGUUUAUUCCCGGUGACGCUGCACCAGGGCACUAUGGCUAUAGUGGCCUCAUCAACCUCGGCAACUGGCCGAUCACGUUGAAGACAGCUGCAGAUUUCACUGAUAAUACACAAAUUAACAAUGGAGCACACAGUUCAAAUCGCUUGCGGCCUAGCAAGUCAAAGACCAUUUCUGUUCCCGUCUUCUUGUCCGAGGAGCCGCAUUUUGACGUUGUGCUUGGCCGCUCGUUCUUUGAGAAACGCCAAAUAAAGACUUCAUCCAUAGAUCCUACCGAGGUCAUUUGUCUUGACACCGGGGAGAAAAUCGAGUGUGAGUUGGUCAUACUCAAAGAUGGUAGGGGUCAGAUCGUCACUGUUACAUAG